AGGAAUUAUAACGUUGGCGUUUAUGUUACUAUAUACUUUUUAAAAAAACAACAACAAACAAACAACAAAAAAAACACCCCGUACCCUUAUUUUUUUUAAACACAGAGCUGCAUUAUCCAGGCUAGCAAGAAAUGUGUUUCAAAAAUGAUCUAUUACACUGCAACAUUCUGCACACUUCCGGAAUCAGGGAGCUUUUCCGUAUCAAGAGUUUAUCUGGCUAGUUCGGGGCUCGUUAGCAUGCUAGCUAGCUAGCCAGCACAUCGCAGUUCGGGUUUGCAGUUACGCUGUUCAGAAUCAAAAGGACAGUAUGGCCACCACAGUUGCUGUCAGUCCCAGUGAAUAUCUUCAGCCCUCAACCACCACCUCUCAAGAUUCUCAGCCGUCACCUUUGGCGCUCCUGGCUGCCACUUGCAGUAAGAUCGGCCCACCUGCCGCCCAAGCUCCGGCCAGCGCUCCACCAGCCCAGCCAACCACACGCCGCCUUCACCCCAUCAAACCUGCUCCCAUCGCUCCAGCUCCACCCAAAAACCUGGGCUUUUUGUCGGCCAAAGGAAAUAUCAUUCAGCUCCCUGCAGGCGUAGGCUCUUCAGGAUCCAGUCCCAUCCUCCUAACUAUCCAGCCCCCGUCUCGCCCAGCAGGUACAACUACUGCCAACAUUCAGUACCAGGUGGUGCCCCAAAUCCAGGGAGCUCAGACCAUUCAGAUGGUACCCCAGGGUGGACAGUUCCAGAUCAUCCCUGGGACCAACCAGGCGAUCAUCACCUCACCUGUUACAGUGCAGGCUGCUACUCCCACUCCUGCACAUAAGACUGUACCCAUCAAGCCAUCAACGCAAAAGCGGAGGCAGAACAACGCUAACUUUACACCCACCACUAACAUAAUGCAUCUGCCUAGUGGACUUGCUCUGCCCCUCAAUGUUGCUACGGGUGAAGUGGGCACCACUCAGAUUGUCACCGAGUCAGCAGCCGCCUCGCCUCGGCCAGUAAAGGGAAAGAGGGGGCGGAAGAGACUGGCUGCUGUAGUUGCUCCCGCUCCUGCUCCUCCACCAGCCUCACCUCCACCUAUUGCUGAACAAGUGGAAACAGUGCUGAUAGAAACAACAGCUGAUAACAUCAUUCAAGCAGGGAACAACCUCCUUAUUGUGCAGAGCCCAGGAGGGAGCCAGCCUGUGCUACAGCAGGUGCAGUUGGUUCAGCAGAAAUCAGAUCAACAGGUGGUGCAGAUACCGCCUCAGGCUCUAAAAGUGGUACAAGCUGCAUCCGCAACACUCCCCCCUGUGCCCCAGCGAGUGCCAGCCACCCCCAGUGUGCAGGUGGCUUCCUCAGAACCCACACAGGUACUGAUAAAAACAGCUUCGGGUGAAUGGCAGGCAGUACAGCUGCAGGAGACCAUCGUAACCACUCCAACGACGCCCACCACCACUCCCAUCACGCCGGCGAUGGUGAGUAAGAAAGCCCAGCAGGGGGCACGGAAAGAGAGGACCCUUGCCAAGAUCGCCCCUGCUGGUGGUGGUCUGAUAACACUUAACGCGGCACAGCUCACUUCAGCAGCUCAAGCCGUGCAGACCAUUAAUAUCAACGGCGUUCAAGUACAAGGAGUUCCCGUCACCAUCACCAAUUCAGGGGGACAGCAGCACCUGACAGUACAGACGGUCCAGGGAGGUGGGCUACAGCUGGGCAGCAUGCAGACGCAGGACCAGCCGCUGAAGGUGGAGCAGACGCUUACGCUUGAGCUCCAGAGCCAACCGGGAGAGAAGAAACGUCGCAUGGCAUGUACCUGUCCCAACUGCAAAGAUGCAGAGAAAAGGCCGGGUGAGGUUGGGAAGAGGAAGCACAUCUGCCACAUAGUAGGUUGUGGGAAGACCUUCCGGAAGACGUCCCUGCUGCGAGCGCACGUGCGGCUCCAUACGGGGGAGCGGCCUUUCACGUGCAGCUGGGUCUUCUGUGGGAAAAGCUUCACACGCAGUGACGAACUCCAGAGACACGCCAGGACACAUACAGGAGACAAGCGCUUUGAAUGCGCAAAGUGUCAGAAGCGAUUCAUGCGGAGCGACCACCUCACGAAGCAUUACAAAACGCAUCUGAACACAAAGAACUUGUGAACGUACGCCGGCCGAAGGUUUAAAAAACAAACAAACAUUCUUAAAGCAAACCCUUUCCCUGGGAAGGAGCAGGGAUCGAGUCAGGGUGUUCACGGAGGAAAAUCCCUCCCCUCGUCCACAUCACGCUCACGGCGUGUUCUAGUCCAGGCCCUGUGGCGUAGUCGAUCCAGACGAGCGCUCACUCCUCUCGUGUCUCAUUUUCAACUCAUCUCAUUCGUCAUAGGAGGGCUGGCCAUAAGGAUCCAGAAAGCGACAAUAGGUGUGUAGUUUGGGAAUCCCUGAGUGUUUGGGUCAGCUUGUUCUUCUCCUAGCAGGAAAUGAAGUGCGUGUCGUGUGUAUCUCGGACAUGAAUUGCUGCAGCACCAACAAGUACUCCAGCCGAGAAGCUCAGUUUUUCCUCCAAAGUAUUCAUUUCCGAGCAGUUUUAUGUGUUUUAUUUUAUUGAGCCUUUUGACCGGUGUGUAGCAGCUCAUGGUCAGCUUUUAUCACGUAAAUGUUUGCUUAUAUUCAAACAUAUAUUUGUACAAAUGUAAAUGCUUAGACUUGCUCUAUACCCCAGCCAAGGUGUUUUAUUUUAUUUUAUUUUUAUUUUAUUUUUUUCCCCCCAGCCUUGAAAAGUUUGAAAUGCUCUAACCCUCCUUACUUUAACACGUAUAACAUUUUUAACAGCCGUUUAGAAAGAAUAUAUUUUGCUGUGACUGGACAAUCACGUCUCGAGUGUGGAAGAACAGUCGAUGGGCGCCAGUUAAGAGGCCGUGGAUUUGAAAACUGCAGAAACCUAUACAGAAGAUAGCUGUAUUUAAAAGACAGAAGAAUAGCUUAGUCAUGCAAUUAUUUAGAUGGUAUGUUCUGGAAAUUUUAGAGUUGAUUUAUAGAAUCUGAUAUUCAGAUGUGGGGAAUUAGGUAAAAAAUAAAUAAAUAAAUAAAUACGGUCACCUUUUGUCUGUAGAAAUAUGGACUUAUCUUUACAAACGCGAGACACCGUUAGAGGGAGAUGAACUUGAUGACUCAAGCCAAAUCCAAUUAUAUAAUACAGUACAGUUUCAUUAGGAAGACUUACUUUUGACAUACAGUCUGAGAAAUACCCAAGAGCUUUGGAAUUUAUUCCAGUCAGGUCUAUAUCAAUGUUUAACGUGCAGAUUCGCAAAAGUGCUUUAAGGAGAAAGUGUUUGUGCAUAGGUAUGUUUGUAUUGUGUCUCUGAAUACAUGCGGGCGCAUCUUAGAGACCGUAAAAUGUAGGAUAUUUGUUACACAAACGGGUGUAUCGGCUGCUCUGGCCAAACCUGAAAAAUAAGGUCUGUGUAUAUUGUAUAUGAGCAAAAAAAAAAAAAAAAAAAGAAAAAAAAAAAAGAGCGAGACGCUGUAUAGUUUCAUUCCUGUACUACACAAGCCUAUUAGAUGACCCUUUUUUUUUUUUUAUCAAUUUAAUGUUGCCUUAGAAAGCUUCACACACCCUAUUUAAAGAGAUUUCUGUCUAAUGAAAUGGAACUGCAUUCGUAGAUUUGCUUUAUCUUUUGUCUAACUUGUAUUAUGAAAUACAAACUUUAUGUGCACUGACCAAAUUCAGGGUUUUACUUUACUGGUUAAGUCUAGUCGUUGUGUUGUUGACUUUGUCAGAAUUGUGGGAAAGAAAGAAAGAAGAAGGAAGAAAGCCCUAUUUUUUGUCUUUCCCAGAUAAAUCCUGCACCUAAAAUCCCUGUCUCUGAACGCUGAAGCUGGGUAACUCUUUCUAUAACUGUGGAGGUGCUUAAACGGGAGAGCUCGCUACUUUACUUUUUCUACAGUCAGUCCUUCAAUCUUUCCCAAACUGACAAUAAAGAGUUCAAAUGAC